AUGAAGAAUGCCAUUGACAUUGUAUUCCCGCAAACAAGGCAUAGAUACUGUCUCUGGCAUAUAAUGCAGAAAUUGCCAGAGAAAUUGGGAUCCCACGGUGAUUACGACGCAGGGUUGAAGGCCAGCAUUCAGAAUGCAGUCUAUGACACACAGACUUGUGAUGAAUUUGAGGAGAAGUGGCAGCAGCUAAUUCAUAAGUAUGGCCUAAUGGGAAAUGCAUGGUUGGAGGGGUUGUACACAGAGAGGUCUUUUUGGGUACCUGUUUAUUUGAAAGGUGUAUUUUGGGCAGGUAUGAGCACUACCCAGCGGUCUGAGAGCAUGAACGCCUUCUUCGACGGAUAUGUCCAUUCCGGUAUGACGUUGAAAGAAUUUGUCAAUCAAUAUGACAAUACUUUGAGGAAGAAGGUGGAGACGGAGACGGUAGCUAAUUUCCAGUCGUGUAACCAAACGAUCCCAUGUGUUUCGCCAUUCAAAGUUGAGAGACAGUUUCAAUCAUUGUGUACAAAUGCUAAAUUUAAAGAGGUUCAAUCCGAGGUUUGGGGGAUGCUUUUAUGUAACCCUUCGCUUGUCAGCACACAAGGCAGCAUUUCCACUUUCGAUGUGCUCGAAGAGAUUUCCACCCCCGAUGGACAAACCAAAAUUGUGAAAUACAACGUUUACUUGAAUGAAGAGGAAUUCGAAGUUAAAUGCACUUGUGGCCUGUUUGAAAUGAGGGGGAUUAUCUGUAGGCAUGCAUUUAAAGUCUGUCAACUGAAGUACAUUCAUCACGUGCCAGAUAAAUAUGUCUUAGAUCGAUGGAGGAAAGACAUAAAGAGAUCUUAUAGGCUGGUUAAGAGUAGCUAUGAUGAUUGUCGGGGCAAUACGGAUUCACGGCGGCAUGACGUUGUUGUUAAACGAUGUCUAAGAUUUGUGAGACGUGUACCAUGGAAUGAUGAGCAUGUUAGUUCUUUCUUUCAGCUGUUGGAAGAGUUUGAGCAGAAGGUCGUAGGAUUACAGGCUGAGUCAGGAUCAACGAGGUUGAAAUCGAAUGUCGAUGCCGAUAGAGGUAAGAAAAUAUUAAGUCCACAUGUUGUUCGUGGGAAGGGGAGACCACCAACUCGAAGAAAGACUUAUAGGAGAAUAUUUGUGGAGGAAGAGCAAAUUGGCCAUCAUAAGCCAGCAAAAGAAGUUGGAGGUGGUAUUGACGAGGUUGUGCUCCCAACCCAGUGCUACGCCAAUCUUGCCCCAUGGACUUUAGCAUAUACACUAACAGAAUUUUGGUUACUAGUUUCACAAAUGUUUGCAGUAUCUAUGGUUGCUACUUUUUUUGGAAAUGGGUGGCUUUUUGAUCCGGAUCAACUGUCAUCAAUUUGUACAGGUCUGGAAAUAGAGGUGAGGGACAAUAGAGAACAGUGGGUUGGAGAUGCUCACAGAGUUGUGACAUGGAAGACCAUAGGUGCUAUCACCCAAAUAUCGAACAACUUGACGUCGCUACAGUGCUCCACGCUAAGCGGCCAAGAUCCACUCUGUCAGCAGCAGCUGGUGUUGCUCCGUCGCAGGUCGACGCCGGACGUCCACCUCCACAUUGCACGGCCUGCCCCACAAUGCAGUGGUGCGCUUUCUUCACAGUGCAUGCAUUUUGGUGAGUUUUCAAUAUGGGAUGAGUUCGUAGCAGAAGAAUACCAUUCUUGUAGUUGUGGGAAAUUGAAUGGGAGGAGGGAAAGUGGAAAUAGUCUGAGCAUUUAG